AUGCUUGAAGAACUCCAGGGCCUUGACGAAGAACGUUGUGAUCACCUGGUUACUAAAAAUUGGCUUGAGCAAUCAGAGGAAGAUCCUUUAGUCUACAAUGAAGGAAACUUUGACGAUCAAAACUCACCAAAAUGCAUCAUGGACCGAGUCUCUGUUGAUCGGGAGGCUGAACAAUUUAUUUUAAGAAGGAACGAAGAACGGCGUCUCAAGAAUUUGGCUAACGGGCUUCUAGACAACAAAUCACACGACAGUGACGGUGAGAGCCAGGAAGAGGAGAGUCUUGCAGAACUGGAAGACGAAGAGCCUAGUAGCAGAACCCGGUUUGAGGCUGGACGCAGUAGAUCUGGGAGAAGAGUCACCAGAUAUCUUCUUUAA